GCCGUGUUGCAGAGCUCGGAGGGUCGUGUUGUAAACGUCAUAAGCCUGUGGCAGCACUGGAGCUGAGCGGAAACCCCUCCCGAAUCCCAACUCAACUCCUCCAACCCCAGUCAAAGAAAAGAGGAAUACCGAGGAAUCAGGAAACACGGACAAAUACCACAAUAUACCAUUACACAGCAGUAACAAUGCAGACCUGAGCAGCACACCUCAUUGAGCGAGAGAGAGACCGCGUGCCUUGCGAGCAAGAUGGGGUUCGGCCGGGACCUGCGCGACUCCCACGACGGUCUGAUGAAGCUGCAGGACUGGGAGCUGAAGCUGCUGGAGACAGUGAAGCGAUUCAUGACCCUACGGGUGAAGAGCGAUAAGGAAUAUGCAUCACUACUGCUAAACAUCAGUCAGCAGGUGGACAAGCAUGACAACUCCUCUCAGAUCCACUACGUCAGUACUGUCUCCAAGUCGUGGACUCAUAUGGUGCAGCAGACGGAGCAAUUGAGCAAGAUCAUGAAGUGCCACGCUGAGGAGCUCAACUCAGGGCCUCUCCACCGGCUCACGAUGAUGAUCAAAGACAAGCAGCAGGUGAAGAAGAGUUACCAAAGCCUCCACCAGCAGAUCGAGUCUGAGAUGCACAAGGUAACCAAAAGCGAUCUUGAGAAGUUGAAAUGCACCUACAGGCAGUUAACUAAGGAUGCUGUUUUAGCAAGAGACAAAUACAAGGAGGCUGUUGUAAAAGGCAAAGAGACUGAGAAAGCCCGUGAGCGUUACGACAAAGCCACCAUGAAGUUGCAUAACCUGCACAACCAGUAUGUGCUAGCGGUGAAAAGCGCACAGCUACAUCAGGAGCACUAUCAUGAGACUGCACUGCCUCUGCUGUUGGACUCCCUGCAGAAGAUGCAGGAGGAGAUGGUCAAUGCACUUAAGGGGAUUCUGGAGGAGUACAGUGAAAUCACCAGCCUCUUAACAGACGAAAUAGUGAAGGUCCACAAAGAAAUACACACUUCCAUCGACCAAAUCGAUCCGCUGUCGGAGUAUGACAACUUCAUCGAAGUUUAUAAAUCACCAGAAACCAAAGAACCAAAUGUAGAAUUUGAUGCAACGCUAUUAGAAGAAACAGAGAAUCUUCAAGCAAAUGAGAUUCUGUGGAAUAAUUUGACAGCAGAAAAUUUACAAGCAAUGCUGAAGUCCACCACAGAGGAUCUGCUCCUAACACAGCAGAGUCUGCGCAGCAAAGAGGAGCUCAUGCUGGACUUGGAGAACAAAAUAGAGGAAUCUACCAAAUCAUAUGAGAAGAAAUCAGAUGUGGUGUUGUUAAUCAGUCAGAAGCAGUCUCUGGAGGAGUUGAGACAGACGGUCCAGCUGCUGUGCUGUUCGGAGGCCAAACUAAUGGCACAGAGAGAACUACUAGAACAGAAGAUGCAAGAGAAUGAGGGCAAAGAACCACCGCCUGUCGUCAAUUACGAAGAGGACGCCCGUUCUGUCAACUCAAUGGAUAAAAGCAAAGACAAGGUAUCGAAGUUUGACACCCUCAGACACUCCAUCGCGGGAAUCAUCCGCUCGCCCAAGUCUGUACUGGGCUCGUCAUCAUUUUUUGAUGUGAUACCCACUAGUGAAAAACCGCUGGGUGAGCAAGAGUGGUAUCACGGUGCCAUUCCCAGGACAGAGGCGCAGGAGCUGCUGAAGCAGCAGGGAGACUUCCUGGUGCGCGAGAGCCACGGCAAACCUGGAGAAUAUGUGCUGUCUGUAUUCUCAGAUGGACAACGGAGACAUUUCAUCAUUCAAUUUGCUGAUAAUCAGUACAGAUUUGAAGGCACUGGCUUUCCCACCAUCCCACAGCUCAUAGAGCAUCAUUACACAACUAAACAAGUCAUCACCAAGAAAUCUGGGGUUGUGCUCCUGAACCCUGUCAUAAAGGAUAAGAAAUGGAUUCUCAAUCAUGAAGAUGUCAUUCCUGGAGAACUCCUUGGGAAAGGAAAUUUUGGUGAGGUUUUUAGAGGAACACUGCGAGAUAAAACCCCGGUGGCUGUGAAAACUUGUAAGGAAGAUCUACCACAAGACCUCAAGAUAAAGUUUCUCUCAGAAGCCAGGAUCCUGAAGCAGUAUGAUCACCCCAACAUUGUGAAGUUAAUAGGCGUCUGUACCCAACGGCAGCCCAUUUACAUAGUAAUGGAGCUCGUACCAGGCGGGGACUUUUUAUCAUUCUUAAGAAAGAAAAAAGAGGACCUCAAGACAAAGCAACUGGUAAAGUUUGCAUUAGACGCUGCUGCUGGAAUGGCAUACCUGGAGCUAAAGAACUGUAUACACAGAGAUCUGGCUGCUCGCAACUGCCUUGUGGGAGAGAACAAUGUGCUGAAGAUCAGUGAUUUUGGGAUGUCCCGCCAGGAGGACAAUGGCAUCUACUCCUCAUCAGGACUGAAACAGAUCCCAAUCAAGUGGACUGCACCAGAAGCACUGAACUAUGGGAGAUACAGCUCAGAGAGUGACGUGUGGAGUUAUGGGAUCCUUCUGUGGGAAACAUUCAGUCUAGGAGUAUGUCCUUAUCCAGGCAUGACCAACCAGCAAGCUCGAGAACAGGUUGAAAAAGGUUACAGAAUGUCCUGCCCGCAGAAGUGUCCAGACGAGGUGUACAGGAUCAUGCAGAGAUGUUGGGAGUACAAGCCUGAGAAUCGACCCAAAUUUGUCGACAUUCAGAAAGAACUGGCGGCUGUUAAGAAAAAAUAGCCUUUAAUGAGGAAAUGGCUGGAAGGCCGUACUCAUACUUCACAUCCAGGUGAUCCCUAAUCUGCAGAGAGAAACACAACGAAUGUUUCGCCCUCGAAAUUACAUGCUAUUAUUGUACUAAAGAGUACUCCGUCACAUAAUCACUGUGUGAACUGCCUAUGCACCAGCUGUUUUGAGCCAUUAGCAUGGAGAGAGGUCUCAGCUUUGCUCUGAUGUCAAAAUUAUGCAGAUUUUCCCUUUUUUUUUUUUUUUUUUUCAUUGUAACUGAGCAACAGUUAAGCUACGACAGACAGAACGUAAGAUGUAUUAGGUGUAUUCAGUAUGCCAUUGAGUAUUCCUAUGUACACACCAGUGAAACAAGGGGGUGGUUCACCCAAAAAUUUAAUUUGGUCAUCAUUUGCUCACCCUUACGUCAUUCCAAACCAGCAUGACCUUUUUUUCUUCUGUGAAACACAAAAACAGUGUUUUUGUCCAAUUAGUGUCUUAAUUUACUUUUGUUAUAUGGACAAAACAGUUGAAACUUUCUUCAAAAUAUCUUCUUUUGUGUUCCACAGAGGAAAGAAAAAGCUAGGAAUUACAUGAGGGUGAGCAAAUGAUGACAGAAUUUCAUUUUCGGGGAGGUACCCCUUUACAAUAUGGAGAUGAAUGUGUGAAAUGGACUGUUUGUCCACCCAAUAACACAAUAUCGCUUUUUUUUUUUUUUUUAAAUCCUAAAACUGAACGGUUCUGGGAGUUUUAUAGUCAAGCCAUUUUAUGUCAUUUUUAUGUUACUGGAGUCACAAGACCUUUUGUGGAAAAAAACAUACAGAUGUUUGUCAGUCACACAAAAUAACAUAAUAUGUCACAUCCUUAAGACUUUCAUCGAGUGACAUUCCAGGGUUUCAGCACUCAUCAAGCAAUGAGACCAAAUGCAUAGAUUUACCUAAGUGCAAUUUAUGAUCACAAAAAUAGUAUACUACAGUCAGGUGGCCUUAAUGUAAAACUGAGCAAUUCUGCCAGGCUGCUUGAGACCAUUUGAAUGACAUGGACACUGCAUCAAUCUACAGUUUACAGCCUUCAGAUUUCUUCCAGAUCUCCAAAUACUUCAACCUCUCACCUCUUCAUGUUUAAAGCGAUAGUUCAGACUUUAAGGAAAAAAAAGGUCAGCUGUCAUUAUUUACUCACCUUCAUGCCUUUGCAAUGCUUUAUGAUUUUCAUUUCUUCCGUAGCAAACGAAAGAAGAAAUUUACUAUGUUCAUACUGCUCUUUUCCAUACUUUAAAAGAAAAUGGUGAGCCCUUAAGCUUCAAAAAGCACCAGAAAUGUAUCGUAGUAGUGCUGUAUAUAAUUCUUUCAGUAUAUUUGAAAUCUUCUGAGGACACAAGUUGCUGUUCACUGAAAAUCUUUCGCUUCAUUGUAGCUCUCACUUCUUGUUUAUGGUUUGUACAUAUUUAGUUAUGUGCGACAAAAUAUUUAAUCCAAGUGAUGCCAAAAUGCUGUUUUCACGUUACAAGCAAAUAUGAUGCAACAAGUUUAAAGGGAUAGUUCACCCAAAUAUUAAAAUUGUCACUUACUCACGUCAUUCCAAACCUGUAAGACCUUUGUUAGCUUCAGAACACAAAUUAAGAUAUUUUUGAUGAAAUCUGAGAGCUUUCUGACCCUGCAUAGACAGUAACAUAACUGACACAUUCAAGGCCUAGAAAGGUAGUAAGGAUAUCUUAAAAGGAGUAGUUCACUUCCAGAACAAAAAUUUACAGAUAAUGUACUCACCCCGUUGUCAUCUAAGAUGUUCAUGUCUUUCUUUCUUCAGUCGUGAAGAAAUUGUUUUUUGAGGAAAACAUUUCAGGAUUUUUCUCCAUAUAUUGGACCAUAUUUGAACUUCCAAAAUGCAUUUUAAAUGCAGCUUCAAAGGGCUCUAAAAUGGUCGCAGCCGAGGAAUAAGAGUCUUGUCUAGCGAAAUGAUCGGCCAUUUUCUAAAAAAAACAUGAAAUUUAUAUACUUUUUAACCUCAAAUGCUCAUCUUGUCUAGCUCUGUGAUGCGCAUGCGUACUCUGUGUCAAUACGGUUAGGGUAGGUCAAAAAACUCCCAUCUCAUUUUCUUCUCCAACUUUUAAAAUCGCCCUACAUCACUGCAGAAGUACCGACCUAGUUUUUACAAAGUGAACAUGGAAAGGUCAAACGCCAAAAAAAGUUAAAACAGCGAUGUAGGACGAUUUUGAAGGUGGAGGAGAAAAUGAGAUGGGAAUGUUUCAACAUACCCUAACUGUCUUGAAAGGGACUGCACAGGGUAGAGCUAGAAAAGACGAUUACAGAAGAGCAUUUGAGGUUUAAAAAUAUAUGCAUUUUUUUUCUUUAGAAAAUGACCGUUUUCUAGAUGAGACCCUUAUUCCUCAGCUGGGAUCGUUUAGAGUCCUUUGAAGCUGCAUUUAAAAUGCAUUUUGGAAAGUUCAAACUCGCAGACACCGUAGAAGUCCACUAUAUGGAGAUAAUUCCUGAAAUGUUAUCCUCAAAAAAACAAUUUCUUAACUGUUAAAGAAAAAGAAAGACAUGAACAUCUUGGAUGACAACAGGGUACAUUAUCUGGACAUUUUUGUCUGGAAGUAAAUUACGCUUUUAAAAUAGUCCAUGUGACAUCAGUUGUGUUGGAUUUCAUCAAAAAUAUCUUAAUUUGUGUUCUGAAGAUGAACAAAAGUCUUACGGGUUUGGAACUAAUGACAGAAUUUUCAUUUUUGGGUGAAGUAACUCUUUAAAUAUGUGUAAGCACCAAUGAGGGAAUGAUUUUCAGUGAAUAACAACCUAAAUUUUAGUUCAUUCUGUCACGCAAAGCUACACAGAAAGUUGGGUUCAGACUACUUUUCGGAUACUUUCAUGGUACUUUUUUUGCAGCUUGACAGUCCCGGUUCUCGAGAACUUUCAUUGUAUGGAAAAGAGCAGCUUGUCUUCAAAACACCUUCUUGGAACAAAGAAAAUCAUAUUUUGAACAGAUGACUAGAUAAUGACAGAGUUUUUCAGUGAACUAUUUCUUUGCAUUUACAAUGUUGCCAUGUAGCAUAUUAGACGACACCAAAAGCUCUUUCCAAAACUGACUGUGUUUUGUCCUGUUGGGGGAUUUUAUUUUUUUGUUUUUGGUAGCCAACAACCAAAGCCAGUCACAAGCAUGUUUAUUUGUAUCUAUGCCAUUGUCUUGAAUUGUGAUGUUCUUAUUCUUGUGCUGUUUGUGCUAUUUUACCAUCAGGUUUUCUCAUGCAAACAACCCUUGAGUCCUAAUAGAUGCAUUUACAGUACCUACAUGAGUAUUACAGGUUUGGUUAGACAAUGAUGUUUUGUAUUAAGACUAUCCCAGGAUGUUUCCUACCAUUUUUGUCAUGUGCCAUUUUUUUUUUUCCUUCAUACUUAUGUACUCAAGCUCCACAGGAGAAUCUGUGCGGGCCGUACUAGCAGCAACUUGUUCCCGAGUCACAUAAAUUUGUCGUUCCAUUUCCACAAAAAUGGAAUAGUGGUUUCUUCAAGGUUUACUCUAUAAAAGCAUUCCUUUUGUAUUUUGUAAAUACUUUUUUUUGUAGAUUCAGUAAUGUAAUUUUGUAGGUGUUUGUUGUUUUUUCACUGCAAAACUAAUGAUAUUAGAAUGUGGAUGUCUGUCAGGAAUAUGUGUCAACUUUCAGCUGUAAUAGUAGUGAUGAAGACCCAGAAUCAGUACUGCUCUAAUAUUUGCACAUUUGGAAUAUGUAAAGAGGGUCCCAUAGCAUUGACUGGGCUUCUUUCUAGAUCUUUUGCAAGAUCUUUUUUUUUUUUUUUUUUUCCUCGUCACAUUGUUGCCAUCACUAACAUAGCCAAAAGUCAAUGGAGUUUGACAUGCAAUAAAAUGCAUGUGCCAAUCAUGCACAACUGGUGACAAUUUACACAUAGAGCUACUGUAUAAUACAGUUUGGAUUCGUAUCCUUGCAUGAUUCACCAGUGGGUUCAGAUAAAUUUAUUAUAAGUUAAGAAGCUGAACUUAGAUUGAUUAAACUACUGGUGAGAGCCUUUUUUUUUUUUUUUUUUUUUUGCCUUUUUUAACGUCAAAGCAAUUAUCCCUAUAGUGUGUUGUUUGAAAUACUGUAAUAUUAUUCUAGCAUUUUAAUCUUGCUUUUUUUUGUACCGUUCACUAUAAUUCCUACUGUCAGUGUAUUAAAGCAAACGCCAGUAUUGUGUCUCACAUUAUAAAUUUGUGUUAUUCAGAGAUGUAAGAUUCCCUUUCCCAUGUCUGACUUGCACAUAGUGUUCAUGUAAACUUCCAUCAGAAAAAUGGCUUGUGUUUAAGCAGGGAUACUCUAAUAAAUCAUUCAUAACUUGAGCGCAUUUUUAAAGUACUUAACAAUAGAAGUAGUUUCUGUUGUCAUUCAGAUUGGCAAUUCUUCCUUCCCUGUGCUGGACUAUUUAUUCUGUGAUGGAAACAUUUUAUGUAUUGAUUGCACUUUUGGCCUUUUUAUGCUUUAAAAUGAUCCCCUAAUAUAAAAUGAAAUGAUCAAAACCGUCUUGAAUUGAUCUAUGAACAAACAUAGCAAAAGCAACACUGGACGUUUAGUUUUCAAACUAAUGCUUUUAGAGUUUUUUUUCACCCCUGCCAGCUGAAAGAGGAAAUAUGAAAAGAUAAAUGGUUGACAUUUAGACGGUUGAUUCCUUGUUUUCCAUGUAGUUUUCUUUCAUCUGUCUCUGUUUGCUCGUAACACCUCUCUGAUGGACAUUCAACUAUAACAAUGUCUGCUCAUUGUUUAUAUUGUACACUUGCAAUAAAAAUUUGGAGUCUUUGA